AUGUUUAGACCAGCGGCCCGGUCGCAGCUGCGCUCCGUAGCUCACUCCUCUUUCUCCCGUGCUCCCGCAGCCAGAAGCACAGUCGGGAAACGAUUCGUCAGUACAUCGCCAGCAAAUGCGCGACGGAAUUGGAAAGGUACUGCGUUGAGAUGGGGUAUCGCCAUCGCGGGCAUUUACUAUUAUAACACAAGCCCUGUCUUUGCGGAGCAGCCACAAUAUAAUCUAUUAAAUCCUCACCUCGACGCCGUGGAAGACGAACGGAGGGACCAUUCGACCUUAGAAGCCCUGACCUCCCGUCGAGCAAGAGAAGCCGAAAGUAAUGCCUCCGUCCUCCACUCCGCCGCUGAUUCAAUAUCGUCCGAAAAUGCUUCCACAACCAUCGUUUCCGACCAUGAGCCCCUCACGACCGGCACUGCCGGAGAGCUAGAAGAGGAGGCAGCCGGCGAAGGCGCCUUCAACCCAGAAACAGGGGAGAUCAACUGGGACUGCCCAUGCCUGGGUGGUAUGGCGCAUGGCCCCUGCGGUCCUGAAUUCCGCGAAGCCUUUUCAUGUUUCGUGUUUUCAAAAGAGGAACCCAAGGGCAUGGAUUGCAUAGACAAGUUCCAAAAUAUGCAGCAGUGUUUCCAGAGGUAUCCGGAAAUUUACAAGGGCGAACUGGAGGAGGAUGAAGAGUUGGACGCUGGGCUGGAGGCUGAGAGGCAAGAAUUGGUGAAUGAAAUUGCGGAGAGGAAGCGGCAACAAGAAGGAGCUGUGGUGCAGCGCAGGUUGCUGGAGGAGCCGGAUCCAGCACCUAAGCCUCCUCGAACGACGAAGAAGGUGGCCUCCCCUGAACGACAAGAACAAUCACAUGAACAAACGCAUCCGCAAACUCCAACAAAGACACAAUCCGAACCGGAAAUCGAGAAGAGUGAUGCCAUGACAUCCGAAAAACCAGCGCCCCUCCGGAGUAGCAGACCACCCUUAGCAGAGGCAAAGACGAAAGUGAGUGGUGACCCGUCUCAUUCUUCUACAAUGUCGCCCGAGCGCGAAAACAUCAUAGAGGGCCAAAAAUCAGGGGUAACGAGAGAGGCAAAGAAUACUUCAUCCGGUGAGACUGAAGAGACGUUCAAUCCGGAAGCUAGUAUUGUGCCGAAGGCGGCCCAUGACGCUACCGGAAGUGAGAUGGAGGAGACGCAAAAGUGA